AUGGCAUCACAGAGAUCUAGCAUCACACUGUUUAUUCUUCUGGCAGCUGUAAGCCUUGUCAUAGGUGGAGGAUACGGAGGAGGUUAUGGUGGCCAUGGCGGAGGUGGUUACGGUGGAGGAGGAUAUGGUGGUGGACACGGAGGUGGUCAUGGUGGCGGCGGAUAUGGUUAUGGAGGGAUUUAUGGCAUUCUCUGUCACUAUCCAACUCACGUUACCGUAAAAACCCAUGGUGGUUAUGGAGGAGGCUAUGGGGGAGGUCAUGGAGGUGGCUAUGGGGGAGGCCAUGGAGGAGGCUACGGGGGAGGUCAUGGAGGUGGCUACGGGGGAGGUUAUGGGGGUGGCUAUGGAGGUCACGGAGGAGGAUAUGGCGUUAAAAUACCAAUCUUUACUGUACUUGGUUAUAGCAAGCAUACUGGAGGAGGAUACGGAGGAGGGGGAUAUGGAGGAGGGGGAUACGGAGGAGGUGGAUAUGGAGGAGGUUACCACUGA